AUGGUUCAGGCGGCAGGUGUCGAAUGGCAUGAAUUUUGCGUUUGUAAUUUCAAGAAUCAAGAUAACUGUUGCGGAAGAAUUCAUCUCCAUUCGUCAAACAGGGAAAAACUCGAAUUAACUCGUCUACUUUACGAGCGAGGUUGGAUCGAUGCAGAGACUUUUGGCACGGAGCUCGUGGAACGUGGCCAAGUGACAGCAAUCACGUGGAACGAGGCGCCUUUCUCGUUUCACCUUCGCCUGCCGUUGCACGCCCUCCCUUUUCAGCGAGAGCCUCGCUGUGCUCGUCCCCGACGUUUUGACGGUUUAUUACUGUCAUGCCUCUCUAUUAAUGAUUCACUUUCAGUCUUGCGAUCGACCGUCGUCGGAGGCGUGGACCGAUUCUUGGGCUUCCAUUCACAAUCAGAUAAUCAAGGCCUUGAUGGAUUGGGAUGA